UACUUAUGAUGAUGAUUAGAUGCAGUGGGCUUUUAUGCCUUGUUAAAUAAAAAAAGUUAUUAAUUUGCAUUUCUCUGUGUCUACUUAUUAAUAAAAUAACACUAACAUGAUUUACAGUGAAAAAUUUUAUUAAGUAUCUGAAAUCCUGGGGGAAAUGUUAUACAGUACCUUUACAGUAGUGUCUUGUCACUUUCAGUCAGAUAUGCCAUAGAUGACGCUAUCUUUUAAAAUAUUCAAUAAUUUGCAGAUCCCAAGUAAGUAAAGUAUUAAAUGUUUAAAUUAUUUAAUCUUUUUAUUUUCUUGUCAGAAUUUUUUAAUACAAGAUAUUAAACUUGAAUUCCCAAUUACAGAACAUUAUGCUUUGGUUACUUUUUGCGCAAUAACAUUACAAGUGACUUAUUUUGAAGCUAGUCAAUAGUUUGUGAUGCAGUGGCAGAGUUAAUGACUGACUUAUUAUCAGUUCAAAGACUUUGUUGUCGUAUAACUUUCCUGAAGUUCAGUUUUUUAGAGGUUUACCAGUUGAUGGGUUAAACAGUAUAUCCAUAGUUACAAGGAAAAAGCAGAAUAAUUGCAUAUUAUUUUCAAAAAGCUUCAUAUUUGCACGUAUAUAUUCUGCCCAAUUAGACAUAUUAUUAUUAACAUCUUAUGUCCUCUACAUGUUGGUGCCAUAACAGUCAAAACACCAUGUAGACUUCUGGCAUUUCCCAUUCCACCUGACCCCUUGCACCACCUUCUGGCUCCCAUAUCCAGCUGAGAGAACACAAUUUUCAAAGAUAAUUUUCAUCAUGAGGAGUCUUUUGGACUGCACCCUGUUUGAGACCUCAUUAAACAUUAAACAGCACUUCUAUUCUUUGAAAUUCUUUUAAUUCGUUUUCUGUAACAUAAAAAUUUUCUAUGAAACUUUCAGGAUUUCAUUUGCUGUAAGCAAUGAAGUAAAAAACACUUGAAAUACAGUGUGGAAAACUGUAUUACAGAUGAGGUUCAUGUUUUCAUUUGGAUUACUGAAAGGUAACAAUUAAUUCAACUGUCUACCACCAGAUGGCAGCACAUCAAGGUAGCUAUGACCUUUUUCAGGUCAUGGUUUGUUAACAGAAGCUCACUGACAAAAUUUGGAAGGCCUAAAAGUCUCUAAGCUUUUAACACUUAACAGAGAGAAAUCAUAUUUAAUCAAAUCCUCUGAAAAUUUACAAUAGAAAUUAUUUAAAAAUGAUGAAUUUUACCUAAAAAAUAUAUUGCUGACGGAAUAAGCCCUUUUCUUAAGGCUUUAAACUUUUUACAUUUGUGAUUUUUUUUUUUCAUAUUGAAGGUGAGUUGUUGCUCAUGUCAUUUUUGUUUUACUGUUUUGAAAUCCUGCAAUAGACAUUUUUUUUUUUACAAUUUUACUUUUUACUUCAGGUUCCACACAAGACUAUACAACAAAAACAGUUUCCUUUGGAGAAGAUGUCACUCUAACAUACAACUUAAAAUGUAAUUUGUCAAGUUUCUUCUGGAUGAAAUUUGUUGCUGCAAAAAAUUCUCCAGUUCAUUUGAGAAAUAAAAUUGGAGCAUUUAUUCCCUUGCUAAAACUCAGCUUUUCACAGGAAGCAAUUCACUUUUUUGAAGUACAGCAGCUGUACAUACUAAAACAUUGUAGCAGGAAGACAUCACGAGAAAACUGAGGUGCUCAAACAUCUUCAAGAAUGCCACAAAAACAAUCGGGCCCAAGAUUGUUGGUCACAAUAUUUUAACAUGCUUGAUGCAGCAUCUUCGUUAACACCUCUUGCAAGAAUAAAUUGACUGUUACUAAAAGAAGUCCCAAUUUCUUGCUGUUUGUUUUGAAAAAAUAUGAUAAUUAAAUAUGGCUAAUGCUUUUAAGUUUAGGAACCUGUUGUAAUAUCAGAUGACAUGCUUUAACAAUGCAAUUCAUUUCAUUGAAACGUUAAUAGUUUGUCAAACAAAGCUUGGUGAGUAAAUAGCAUUUAAUAUUUUAAUAUUACCCUUACCUUUCCCUUUCAGCAAGAGAUAAAUCUCCACAGAUCAAAUACAGAAUUAUUUUAAAUAAAAUAAAGUUGACCAAUGAGCACCAUGAGUCACUACUCUGUUUAUCAUAAGUGUCUCAUGGUUACAUGAAAAACUACUUAUACUGCUUCACAAGUAGAGGUAAUGGAAAGGAAAGGUUGAAGUGUGAUCAUUUUCACUAUGUUGAUAAAUAUAAAAACAAAGAAGAGAUCAAUUAUUUAAAAAAACAACAAAAAACAGCCUCCUCCCAUAUCUGGGUCCCCUCCCAUAUAGCCACAUAGAGGUUCAUAAGUUUACAAGAUUUAAAUAAUCAGAUACCUCCCCUGAAAUACCUGAACAAUGAUGAUCAUACUUUAUACACUUCUUCUCUUUCCAAUUGGACGAUGUACACAAGAAUAUAGAACAAAAACUGUUUCUGUCGGAGAAAAUGUCACUCUGACAUGCAGCAGGAGAAGUGAUUCAUCAGGUUUCCUCUUCUGGAUGAAAGUUGUUGCUGGAAAUUUGCCUGAAGUCUUAGGUGCAAGUUAUACUUUUGAUAGCAGCAUUGUUAACUACACACCUCACAUCAUAACAAAACAAGAACCAGGAACUUUUCUUCUCCAGAUAAAGCAAACAGAGCUGAAAGACACUGCUUUUUACUACUGUGAGGAAAUAUCUGAGCUACAGAAAUCCCUUAUGAAUGUGACUUUUCUGAAAGUUAAAGGACCAGAAGCUGAAAUAACCACUGUUGUUCAAGAACUCCCAUUGCUUCCAGUCCACCUAAGAGACUCCGUGACUCUUCAGUGUUUGGUCCAGUCUGAAUCUGAUGACCAUGCAAGUUCAGAUCAUCACAGUGUUCAUUGGUUCAAAGUCAACUUUGAUGAAUCUCAUCCCAGUAAACUUUAUGUUCAUGGAAAAUCAGCAAGUAAAUGUGAGAGGAUUCCUGAGACCCCAUCUGUAAGGGAAUGUAUCCACAACUUUUCAUUGAGCAAUGUUGGCUCCUCUGAUGUGGGAACGUAUUACUGUGCCGUGGUCACAUGUGGGCACCUACUGUUUGGAAAAGGAACAAAACUGGAAAUUGAAGGAUACUUAUUUGUCUCUCAUUCUUUUGGAACCAUUAUGUUCAUUGUCCUGCUGUGUGCUGCUUUGGCUAUCACUGUGACAGUUAUUGUCCAACUAAAUCACACCAACAAGAAACUAAGAAGAAGCGCUGAAGCUGCAGCAGAUUCUGAAAUAGCUACAGCUCAACAAAGUCCGGCAACAACUGAAGAUGGUUUGAUUUAUUCUGUGCCAAAUUUUGCAAAGAAAAAGGCUGAGCGAAAAAGAAAGAGAAACACAAAAGCAGCGGGUGAACAAAGCAUCUAUGCUGGUGUCCGGACUUUGGGGUAUGAAUAGCAGCGUUAUCUGAUUUACAACCAGAAGAGGAACUCGAUGAUAUAUCAUUCAAAACAAUUCCAAUUUCAUUUUGAAUUUACAUGAGUAUAUGGGAGAAUCAUUUUAUUAUACAUUUAAUUGGAUAGUUUGACACUUUUUUACUCUGUUUGUCCCUUUGUUAUAUGCUAAGUCUGACAAUUUACUGCUUUGUACUGUUACGGCUGUGUCUGUGAGGUGACUAUCUGGAUUUUAAUUAGCUGAAACUGGUUCUCAUAAUAAGAAAAUAAGAGGUGUAGCAAAUUGACAGGUUGCUUAAUUCAGAACAACUCGCACUGGCAACAAUAAGAAUGAAACAAAGAAAUAAAUAAUGAAAGAUUCCUAAGUGUUAUAAGUUUAGACUAUGGCAAAGAGAAAUUUAAAAAAGUAGUUUUUUUUUUUUCCCCCACCAGAGGGUCUUUUUGUGGGCUCUAGUGUCCCUUAUAUGACAAUAGGCUGACAGGAAGGGGGAAGGAGAGGAGGGAAGACAUACAGCAAAUGUCGGCCAGGUCUGGGAUUCGAACCCGUGACAGCCGCGUCAAGGACUCAAGGCCUCCAAAUGUGGGUUGCGCUAUCCCCUACGCCACCACAGCACGCCCAAAAACUACUUUUUU